GCUGAACCACUCCAGGGUCCGAGUGCCCACAGACAGCACGGCCCAGAACCACAACUCCCAGAAGGCCUCUGAGAACUACAACUCCCAGAGGGCCGCGCGUAGGACUUCCGGGCGCUGGGUUUCGGCCGGGCCGCGCUACAGAGGAGCAGCCUGGGAGUGACCAUGACGAAACUGGCGCAGUGGCUUUGGGCACUUGCGCUCUUGGGCUCUGCCUGGGCAGCCCUGACUGUGGGAGCUCUGGGCUUGGAGUUACCCUCACCCUGCCGGGAAGUCCUGUGGCCACUGCCUGCCUACCUGCUGGUGGCCGCUGGCUGCUAUGCUUUGGGCACUGUGGGCUAUCGCGUAGCCACGUUUCACGACUGCGAGGACGCCGCCCUGGAGCUGCAGAAUCAGAUCCAGGAGGCCCGAGCGGACUUAGCCCGCAGGGGACUGCGUUUCUGACACCCUAUCCCUGCUCGCGACAGUCUCCCUCCCGUCCCGAUUAAAAAGCAAGGUUGUUUUCUAA